AGUAGCUUGCUUUUUUUACAGGUAUUUUAAUCAUGUUCAAAUAAAUGGAUGGGUUGUUUAUGGACGUGAAACCAAAUAUUAUCUUUGAUUACAUUUAUACACAAACGUUCACGUGAAAGAUGUGUAUUCACCGUACAAUAAUCAUUUUUGAUUGACCACAGAAGGAUCGCAAGGAAGAGAAGGAAGUCGCAAAACCGCUCUUUUAUUCAAUUUUGUAUUCCGUGGAAUCAUCAAUUGUUCGUAUAUACUAAGAAAAGGAAAAUCAAGGAUCUAGUUAUAAUCAGUUUAUAACAUCGUCUAGUCUGAAUUUAAGGAGGACAUCAUGGCCAUCUCCAAGGAACCUCUUUUUACCAAACCGACAACUACCAUCUUCAUCUGUACAAUGAUAAUUCGGGCACUGACAAUUGGAUAUGUUAUUGGCGGUUUCGUAAUGAGGUUUGAACUUUUUUACUUGGAAAAAGAUAUUGUGAAAAUACUGGAUUACAUGCCCCUUGGACUGCUGCCGUUGGGAUCGACAUUGAUGUUUCUGGUCUACUCACUGAUGCCGUUUCUGAUUCUGUAUGCCAUUGUUGGGGGAGUUGGUCUGAUAAUCAUAGUCCGGAGAUCAAAGUGGUUGCUUCUAGCGCAUGCCAUUGGACACUCAGCUUUGAUGAUCAUCGAAACAGUGUAUCUCUCUUUAAUAUCGUGGAUAGUACAUGAGAGUGCAGACAACUCAACUAUGACUAAAGGCUUCGAAACAGCACACGAAUUUGCUUUUGAAAACGAGUGGAGAACUUUAUUUGAAAAGCUAAGUUGCUGUGGUGUCUCUGGAAAACUACCAGAGACCAGCACUGUGUAUUGGAACUUACAGAACGGCCCCUACGGAUGCUUCUACAAUACUGGAUGUUUAGACAAGAUCAAGCAUUUUACUUCAACCUAUGGCGGCUACUACGUAGCUGUCAUUUCUAUCAACAUCGUCACCAGUGUCGUUUGUCUAGCGAUCACUGAGUACUUCUUUAGAGUUGCAGAACUCAAGCACAGUAAAGAAGAAAAUCACAACGAAUUGUACAAAUGUAGAAAUGGAAUCCUUGGAGAGUUAUACAAAAAAUCGUCAACUAUUUGGAAAAGAAAUAAACUUGUGUGGUUCUCAACCCUUUUAAAGUCAAUCGAUUUGGUCUAUGAAGUUUCACUGGCGGUAUCUGUUUUAAUUUUGUCCCAUAGCUGGUUGAGGGACUACUAUCUACAGGAUGUGAUUUACAAUCUGUGGAAGGACGGCCUAUCAAUGGGAUAUUUAGAACACGUUCUCACCCAUACAUUUCUAUGUGUUUUAGCAGUUUCAAUGGGUCUGAAAUUUCUAAAUUUUGCAGCAGUUAACCGUAAAAGUGGAAUCUUGAUGAUAGCGUACAUAAUAGCAGAGUUUUUCUUGCUGUUGGUUGAAAUCAUCAUUUUCAUAUUUUUCACCUUUUUAAUAAGAAUGCUUUAUUGCUGUAUAACGGGAAAGGAAAGCUAUUACUGUCAUUUUUCUAAUACCGACAGCGCUGAUAAGUUGUGCAACAACACCCAAGGAAUUUGGCUUAGAGCAGCUCGAAACAUCUGGUUGGCAUUUGGAUUUUUUCUCCUCCAUUUGGCAAUAAAGAUAUCACAUUUAGCAAUGGCUGAUAGAUUAUUCAAAUCUAUCAAUACAGGGAAAGAAAAACAGACUGUAGGAUUUCUACAUUUUUUACUUCUAAAAAUAAAAAGGAAACCACUUGUUGCUGCCAAUAUAGGAGUAGGAGUUUUCACAAUGGUAUUCAGUACAGUUUUCCUUUGUGGACUUCUUGUGGUAAGGUAUGACCUGAACGCCUAUACCAAGAUAUCAAGCACGUUACAUGGGAUAUCAGACAGCUUGGGAAACAUAGGAGAUAUCAGGGAUACCUCAUACAUUUUAAUGAUAGUCACCCUAAUUCUUACAACACUGCUGCAGAUCGUCUUAUUUGUUGGAGUUUAUCUUGAAAAACCAUUUCUUCUGACAAGUAGUUUUGGAUUUCAGACAUUCCUACUACUGCCACAUAUUGUAUCUUUGUUUAUGAUUGUGGUUCCUCUUAAGAUGAUCUAUUGCUGCAUCGAGGGUGUCGGACAGUGCAAUUUUUCCUCCGAUAAAGAUGACUUAAACUUUCUCUGCAGUGGCCAGACUGAUCUUUGGAUUAGUACUGCGAGGGAAAUUUGGUUAUUUUGGUCAUUUACACUGGCAUCCCUCUCACUGCAGUUUUUCUCUAUGGCUCUUUGUUGGAAAUUGCACCGGAAAUUGUUUUCAGAAACAAUAUGUAUGCGGCAUUUUAAGCGGAUAUAUAUCGGGGUUAUCAGCAACCCAAAAAUUUUCAUUGAAUCUCUGACAGUAUUUACACUGGUUUAUGAGAUUGCAAUUGGAAUAGCAACAUACGCAUAUUUCUUUGAGAAAAUUUACCCAGCAUACCUUCAGCAGUUUUUAGGGAGGUUUACAUAUCAUGGCUUGAAUAUGCAAUACCUCAUGAAUGGAUUGACGUAUACUCUAAUGGCCAUUAUUCCCAUUUCCAUCAUUCUCCGUCCACUGCUUCUGUGGUUAAUACUCUUAAUUGGCAAACUCCAAGCUUCGUUUCUUUUUGUUGUCAGUUACCUUGCAUAUAUAGUUGGAGAAUUGGCAAUGUUAAUACUGUCAUCGUUUCUGUUGAACUUGACAUACACUUGCGUUCAACGUGAAUCGUCAUAUUACACCGAAGAUAUUGUUACAUGGAAACAGUUCUGUGAUAGUUGUAAAGGAGAUGUGCACAGCAUGGAGGCAAUCAAGAUGACUUUUCUUACCAUUCACCUUAUCUUAAAUACAAUAUACGUCAUCCUCGUAGACCGAGUUUAUCCUAUACUAAUGAAAGACGAGGAAAACAAAGGAGUCCUAAAGAUUCUGAAAGCAAAAAUCUCUGAAGUAAAAGUUCAAAGUUCGUUCAAAGCUGUGCAAUGGCUUGGUAUCGUUGUUGACGCUUCCUACUGCAUUGCAGUAUACACCCUAUACUUUGUAAACUUUUAUCCAUUCGAUCAAUUUGUGCAGCAGGAUUUGAAUGCUUUUGAAAAACAUCGCUAUGACAUGCAAGACCUUCUUAAUGCUCUUACCUACACAUUGAUGUCGCUGAUACCGCUCACAUUAUUCUCCAGGGUUGCUGUCAUAUGUUUUGGAUUACACACACGCUCAUUUUUUAUUUAUAUUAUGAUUACCAUCUUGUUUGUUCUUCUGGGAGGAUAUAUUGUUUUGAUAACACAGUCUUCAUAUUUGUUGGAUUUGGCUUACAAUUGCUACGACAGAUUCUUUUCACAUUAUAGUUCGACGAAAUUUUCAUCGUUUUGCGAUACAAAUGUGGGUUUAGUCUUCGACAUUGCUGCUGUUUACGUUUCAUAUUUAGUUCUUCAAAUUAUAAUAAGUGUUUUAAGUAUCAUUAUGCUUGAUCGAUUGUACUCGUAUCUUGGAGAUAUAUCGGUAUCUAACGGAGCGUUUCGUUCUGCAUUUGGACGUUUGUACAGCAGUCUAAAGUCUUCGAAGAUGAAUACUGUAUUCUUUGUAAUUUUAUGUUUAAUGCUAAUCAUACGUCUUCUGUUCUGGAUAGGUUUAAUAUUGAUGGGCCUGAGCCCUGGAUACAUACAUACGGAUCUCAUUGACACAUUACAUUCAAUGCAUAUUGGAAAUUUGAAUUACGGUACAAUGUCAAUGGGUCUUAUGUACUCUCAUAUGGCCUUAGUACCAGUGGAUAUUGCUUGUCAUGGUCUUGAAUUGCUUGCAGUGAUAAAAAUGAACAAAACCCUCCUAAUCAUGAGCAUCCUAAUGCGAAUAAUCUGGAUAGCAUCGGAUGUCACCACGUUGUCUUUUUCAUCAACAAUUCUUCAUUUGGGUUAUUGCUUAUGUGGACCGGGUCCGGUCUGUUUAUCUUCACUUUACUAUAGUUUUAAACAAGAGGUAUGCCGGAAUUCAUACUUGCUGUUUCACGCUUCAGGAACUUUGGUGGCUUAUCUUGUAGUGAAUGUUUGUUCUCAUAUUUUUGAAUUGACUGUGUGCUCUAUUUUGAGCAAAAAGGCAUCAACGAAAAUUAGUCCAAACGAAAGAAUGGUGAAUGGUACAAGAGACCACGAGGAAUCUCUGGAAAUCGGCAGUUUUGACGAUGAUUUAUAAAUGACGUACACAUUGAUUUGCAAUUGUUUAUUUAUAAGCUAAUUAAAGUGUGUCACAUAAGGUUUUAUUUUUUUAAAUUGUAUAAUUGAUUUUUUUGAAUUUUGUUUUAAGAUUUAAUAAAAUGGUAAAAAUAAAUUGAAGGUUGCUUAGUUGUUAGAGACACGUUGUACUUAUUUAGUGAAAGUGUAAUUAUUGUCUCUGCUGCAUACAAAGAACAAAUGUUCUUUAUACGCACAUGUAUUUUUAAAAAAAAAUAUAACCAUAUUAUAAUCGAGUACAUUUUCUCCUUUUAGCUGGCCCAUACUUAUCUCUAGUGUUUUUUUGGUAAAAAUAUUGAUAAUAGUGUUUUUCUCUUUUUAGUUUUGAAUCAGCUGGUAACAUUUUGUGUUAUGAGGAAAAAUAAAAGAAUAAGGGAAAAGAAUAUGCUGUGAAAUGUCAUGAUACAUAUCUAAGCGAGUUCAUGAAAUAAAAAUUCCAAGAAAAUGUUAUUUUAUACCAUCUUAUUUAAAUGAUGGUUAACCUUUCAGUAGAUUUCAUAGAAUGCGUACCUAUAUUUUCCCUCUGAUUUUUACCCUUGGCGACCAUUUUGCAGGUCAAAUGGAUCUUUCCUUUCAACCACAAAUAUUAUGCAAGUCUUGCAUAAAAAGGAGAAAAUAUAAACGAUAUCGAAAAUUUAAAUCAAAGAAGACGUUAACAAAUGCUUACUCAUCAUAAAAAAACAUCAGCGUGGAAAUGUCGAUUAUAGAUGACAAGUCGAAAUUGGUUACAUGAAGAAAUCUUGGCAGUUGUUCACACAACAUAGCCGCCGAAGCUAGUAAACCUAUUUUUUCUGCCACAGACGUAAUAUGAUUAAAAAAAAAACCUUACACUUUCAGCCAAUGGAAUUUUCAUGUUUAGGUCAAUAGUAAAUCAGAUAGUCAUUGAAAUAUAGUCAUUUAAGUCAAAACAUUCAGAAUUUAUUGGUGUUUAUGUAGUAUACAUACGCUUUAUUUUGUUAACUGUUGGUAGAAUAGGAAACGGGUGGAUACAAUAUACAUGAAACUUAUGAGACUCAUCGAAAAUUAAUAGUCAACCCAUAAUCAGCAUUUUAAACUGUAUGCUGUUUGAUACUUCAUUAAAAUUGUUUGGCAUAUCUAGACAACAAAGGUAAUUAAUUCGCAUGUGCCUUCGAACACUCCUAUGUCUGUAUUAUUAUAAUUGUUCUAUUUAUUAUUGAUAUUUUUAUGGUGUGAAUAUAAUACGAAUUUAGCAUAGAAAGCGAGGAAUAAAUUCAAUCAUAUAAUCUUCUUAAGUUUAGUAAAAUUAUCAAUGAUUGCCAUAUCUUUUAUUGCCUGCACUGCGUUGGGCAUUUGAUAGCCAUUUAGUGAAAUUUGUUUGAAAUUACAAAUCAAGUUUUUAAGUCACAUGAUGUAAUUUUAAACCUGUUAUGUGCUGUCAUAAGUUGUUUAAAAUAUAUGUCAUUUCUUAAGGUGGCAUGCUACACCAACAUUUUUAUUUUAUAGAUCAUUAAAGAAUCAUAUUUAAACAUAAUUUGGUUAUUCAAAGAAGGACAUUUGCUCUUCAUUAUCAUUCAUCAUUUAUAUGGAAGUGAAAAUAUGUAUUGGCUGUAGGUUAAAAAUUGGCAUUAAUAGAUGCAUUUUAUUAUUAUUUAUUAAAACCUGUCCAGUAAUGCAA